AUGGAAACAACAAACCGCCCACACCUCCACACCCUCGCCCACCGUGGCACUAUCCAAGGCCUCACCAUCACCGCUACCAAAACCUCCACCGACCUGUGCCACUACUUCGGCGGCGUCCGCUAUGCCCUCCCUCCGCUCCAGCGCUGGCGCCGCGCCCGCCAGCUCCCGUCUACAUUCACCUACGGCAGCAAAGACGCACCGGGUCGAUGUGACAGCGGGGCCGGGUUGUGUCCGCAACCUGGGUUUUUGAGCUUGUCGCCGGAGAAUGAGGCGGCGUGGACGGAGGAUUGUUUCCAGUGUAAUGUUUGGGUGCCGGUUGGUGAGGUGCCUAGGGGUGGGUGGCCGGUUUUUAUGUUUAUUCAUGGAGGCUGGCUACAGUUCGGCUCGCCGAAUGGCUUUAAUGCGGCGGCGCUGCUGGGCGAGACGAAUUUCAAGUGCGUGGUUGUCAUGCCGGCGUAUCGGGUGAACUUGUUUGGUUUCUUGUACUCGGCGGAAUUAGAGCAGGAUGCUGCGGCUGUUGGCGAGACGGUGGGAAACCAUGGGUUUUGGGAUCAGCGAUUGGCGAUGGAGUGGACGAAGGAGAAUGUGCAUUUGUUCGGGGGGAAUCCGGAUAAUAUCACCAUCUCGGGGUACUCUGCUGGCGCAAACUCCGCCUUCCAUCAAUUAGCCUACGAUCUACGCCAACCAGAUGACAAGGCCAUCGUCCGCCAGGCAUGCAUCUUCUCCAACUCCCCAGCCGUUCAACCAAAAAGCCCAGCCGAGACACAACUCCAAUUCGACCAGCUCCUCGCCGCACUGCACAUCCCAUCGACACUAUCCGCAAACGAGAGACUCGCCCGUCUGCGCGCCCUCCCACCAAAACAACUCCUCGAUGCAGCCAAAACCAUCCAAGUCCACCAAUUCCGCCCAACAACCGACAGCGGCUUCAUCCUCCCCAAUCUCUUCACCUCCCUAGACAACGGCGACUUUGCCCGCAAGCUCCUCGCCCGCAACAUCCGACUCAUCCUCGGCGAAUGCGCAGACGAGCACUUCCUCUACAGCGUCUGGUUCCCGCCCCAGGAAAACACCCUGGAGUCACUACGCACCAGACUCAUCGCCGAUUACCCGGAGCGUAUCGUCGACGCCCUGCUCCCCCUGCACUACCCAACCAAGCAACUCCCACCGACCUGCCAGAACUGGACACCCGAUGCCUGGGGCCGGAUCUACGCCGACAUGCAAGUGUACCACAUGCAGCGCGGUCUGAUCCACGCGCUAACCGAUAACGCCGCCGGAAUCGAUGCAUCGCGGCUCAUCCACCGGUACAGAAUUGAGUUCCGGGCGCAAUGCAUUGAGAAGGGGAUUCCGUUGGAGUGGGGGGUGACGCACUCGUCGGACUAUCCGUUGUGGUUCUGGGGCAAUGGGGAUGUGUUGACGGAUUCGGAGAAGAAGAGUACGGCAGAGGCGUUUAUUGGGCCUUUGAGUCGGUUUGUAAAGGGUGUUAGUGCGGAGGGGAGGGAUGGGUUUGGGUGGGGGACUUGUGGGAAGGGGGUGCGGGUGUUGAGGGCUGAUGGGGAGGUGGAGAUUCGGGGGGAUGAGAUGUGGGAGGAGGGGGUUCGGGUGUGGAAGACUUUGAGGGAUGUUGAUGUUGGGGAGAAGGCGAGGUUGUGA